CUUGUGACACGCUUUUUUCAGCAUGCUGUGCAGUUGAAGGCAGAAAGCUUCUGUGCGACCAGAAUCUGAGAAUGGGGAAGAAAAGAUCAAAGGAUAAGAAUUGUAGGGAGGAUGAAAAUUUUGACUUCACAGGGCCUUCCUGCACUCAUAUCCGCAAGGGAAUAGACAAAAGCUUGCUGAAGAAGGCUUCGCUGGAUGUGAACUGGAAUGCCUGUCAAGACUGUAAGGAGGAGGGAGAAGUGAGACUCCAGGCUGAUGAAAAUGGGGAGGGUCCCACAAUUUGGGUCUGCUUGAGGUGUGGCCAUCGGGGAUGUGGGAGAGACUCUGAGAAUCAGCAUGCUCUCAAGCACUAUGAGACGCCCCACUCAGAUACACACUGCCUGGCCCUUGGCCUGCACAACUGGAGUGUGUGGUGUUACCUUUGUGAAAAUGAUGUCCAUUAUUCCACCACCGGACAGCUUGCUCAACUGGUGAGCGCCAUUAAGAAGCAUGCCCUCUCAGAGCCUGAGAAGAAGAACAUUCAGAGGAAGGUGGAGGAGGAGGAGGAGGAAGAGGAGGAGGAGGAGGAGUGUGAUGUAGCUGUGGAAAAGCAGCCUCAUCCUGUGGAAAAGUUGCCCUUGGAGGAAAUAAGAGAUACACAGAAUAGAGAUGCACAGAGAAACGGUGAAGAGCUGAAAAUGCAGAAAUCGGCUGCUUCGACUGUGGAGCCUGCAGUUUCUGUCAGAGGGCUCAGCAACCUCGGGAACACAUGCUUCUUCAAUGCUGUGGUUCAGAACCUCUCCCAGACGCAGCUUUUCCGGAAAGUUCUGAAAGAAACUUUAGGCAGUACCUCUAAUGUUAUCAUAGCCCCAGAUCUUGCCACAGAGCUGGAGCCCAUUUCGAUCCAUUUGGACCAGCCAGGCUCUCUUACAAUGGCCAUGUGUAACCUGCUGAGUGAGAUCCAAGAAACCAAGAAGGGAGUAGUUACUCCGAAGGAGCUGUUCACACAAGUCUGCAAAAAGGCACCCAGGUUCAAGGGCUUCCAGCAGCAGGAUAGCCAAGAGCUGCUCCGUUACUUGUUGGAUGGCAUGAGAGCUGAGGAGAUAAAGAGAGUAAGUUUUGGGAUUUCUGAAGCAUUGAAAAAUUCUGGGAAAAACAUGGAUACUGAAGAAUCAAAGAAGCUCAUUAAAGAAUAUGAAAAAAAUGGAGCACCAAAGAACUUUGUUGACCAGGUUUUUGGAGGAGAGUUGACCAGCACUGUCAUGUGUAAAGAGUGUAGAACUGUUUCCCUCAUUACUGAGAUGUUUCUAGACCUGUCUCUGUCUGUUUCAGACGAGGCUUACAGGAAGAAGAAUCAGAAGAAGGGUGGGCAGAAGAGCAGUGAGGUCGGCGAUCGUAGACAAGAGUCUCCUGUCCACCAGGCCAGUGGAGAAGAGGACCUUCCUUCUGGCUUGGGCAUCAAUUACCAGCAGAAGAAGGCCAAGAAGCAGGCAAAGAAACAAGCAAAGAACCAAAGAAGGCAGCAGAAACUGGCAGGAAAGGUCAGCCUCAUCAGUCAGGAUUCAGUCGAAGCAGAGGUGGAGCAAGAGUCUGAGACAGGCUGUCUGCCCCAAGGAGAAGCAAGGACACAUUCCGGAGUAGAGCAGUUACAGCAAAGGAGUCCAGUGCCCAGUGGAGGGCAGCAGGACAUAGAAGAGACCCCUGCAGACAUGGAGGAUGUUGUUGUAGAUCGUGAACCACUCGUCAGUAACCGCUUCACAGCCCUUUCCAAGGACCAGAAGGCAGGGGACGAAAAACGGGUUUGUGAGGAGGAAGAGGAUGAGGGAGAAGUAAUAGCACAGAACAUAGAAGCCAAAGAGGAAGACGAGUUGGUGGAGGAUCUGAACCACUUGGCCCUAAACACGACCUUCAUCGCUCCUGAAGACAUCCACUUGGACAUAGGUGUUGAGGAUUCCAGCGUCAGCACCAAGGAGUAUACCGUAGUCAGUCAGGACCCAGAGCUUGCCUUCCGCACUCUGGCCACCAGGGAAGCUCCAGAGAAGCAGGAGUGCUCUUUACAGUCCUGCUUGUACCAGUUCACAGCAGUGGAAGACCUCACCAUGAGCAACAGUCUACUGUGUCUCAUGUGCACCAAGCGACAGGCCAACUCAAAAGCAUCAGACGGCACAAAGAAGGGCGUGUACACAGAUGGCCUGAAGCAGAUGCUCAUCUCCUCACUACCCCCUGUGCUCACGCUCCAUCUGAAAAGGUUUCAUCAGGUCGGGUACAGUGCCUGUAAGGUGAACAGACACGUUGAGUUCCCUCAAAUUUUAGACCUUGCUCCAUUCUGCUCAGUAAACUGUAAGAAUGUGGCAGAGGGAGAGACAAAGGUGCUCUAUAGUCUCUAUGGCCUCGUGGAGCACAGUGGCACCAUGCGGUCCGGACACUACACCGCCUACGUCAAAGCUCGCCCGUCCCAUGUAACAUCACAGAUAAAUGGGCUCACCACACCAGGUGAAGCUGAACCACUGAAAGGACUAUGGUUCCACAUCAGUGACACCAGUGUUCACGCUGUUCCGGAGUCCAAAGUUCUUGCAUCGCAAGCCUACCUUCUGUUCUACGAGAGGGUCUCCUAAAUGUGUUGAACCCUCAACAACCAAGGGACAUGCCUUCAGUUGCUUCAGCGACAUCAGAAAUGGCUAGCGGGUGCCUUUGAAAACAGUCUCUAGCUCACGCUCCGCUGUGUGUAAACAGUCCGUAAAUGCGAUUGUAACAGUGUUGUAAAAAAAUCUGUCUUAUUUAUCAAGUGCAGGCUGACAAAUCGUGUUUGUUUGUCAGCAAAAUAGAAAUUACAGAGAGAAAUGUCAGAGAUUUAUGAAACACAGAAUGGUAAUAUGAGUUAAUCAAAUGAAAUUGGAAUAUAUUUUUGCCAGGCCAUAACGUUAAGAGGUAUUUUUCAUUACUGUGGAAGUUGAAAAAUAUGCACAGAUAUAUUUGGAUGGAGGCUCACGUGUUCAGUUGCUUAGAUGUUAUACUGGUCAUAACGGUUCUGUUUAUAACCCAGAUCUGGACAGCACACUUUGGAGGCGGCCAUUUUAUUUACAUUUUAUAGCAGUAUGUACAACAACCUGAAAAAACAUGAAAUUGUUGGGAAAACAUUUAAAUGGGAUAAAGGAAUUUUAGGGCUGGGAGUGGAUAACAUUUUGCUUUAUUGAAUAUGUCUUGAAUUUUUUAGAUGACUAUGCCAACAGUCAAGAAAAAGUACUGUAUUAAACAUGUUCACAUAAUCAUGUUGAUUUUAUAAGAUCUCAUAUCUUGGAAUUGAUGAGUCUGAUAUUUUUUCCCAUGGUCGUGGAUAACAAAGGCUCAGUGUGAAGACACUCGGUGACAGAUAAUUUGUAUUAUCAAUU